AUGGAACAUGACAACAUGAUGAGCUGUGAGCGACGGGUCGUUUCGAUUGGCGAUGUGUCGAUGUCGGCGUCAGACAGCCUCACCCCCUUGGUUCCAACUGUGCCACCUCGGCGUGGUGGCCUGCAUCGAGAGGGUGGGGACCUGCCCUCCUCAGAGUUGGCCACCCUCCGGUGGAUGAUGCAAAAGGCCUUGCUGCGGCAGGACAUGUUCUUGCUGGGGCCGCCGGGACCAUUGCUGAGGCACACUGUGUUUCGCUUCUGCGAGCUGCUUCGUCGUGAGGUCGAGUAUGUCGGCAUCACGCAGGACACAGGCGAGGCAGACUUAAAGCAACGCUGUGAGAUCUGCAGCGGAAGUGUGAAGUACGUUGACCAAGCUCCUGUGCGAGCAGCCAUCCACGGUCGAGUUCUAGUGCUCGAAGGAAUCGAGAAAGCAGAGCGGAAUGUGCUUCCUUUGCUGAACAAUCUUCUUGAGAAUCGUGAGAUGUCGCUGGAGGACAGGCGCUUCCUCCUGGCGCCAGAGCGCGCCAAGCAGCUGCGUGCGCAGUUCGGGAGCCACAAGGAGUUCUCGCAGCUUGUGCCAGUGCACGAAGACUUCUUGGUGGUGGCAUUGGGGAUGCCGGAGCGAGGAAAUCCUUUGGAUCCUCCGCUGCGCUCCCGUUUUGCGGCACUGCAGCUCCGAUCGUCUCCACCCUCGGAGUUGGUUGGCUCACUUGCACAGCUGGCACCAUCGCUGCCAACCUCAAGCAUGGAGAGGCUGCUUGCUGCAGCGGCCACUUUGCAAGACAUUGCAGAAGGUGACAUGGACUCCCUCAAGAUCCCAGGCCUUGACAUCGCCAGCCUUGGGUGCGCAGUGCGUGUACUCGAAGCAUUUCCAGGAACAGACAUGCAGAGCGUCUUCAAGCGCGUCUACCCCGCCACUGAGCUUCUGCCGUUGCAGGAGCAGGAAGUAGCUCUCAUCAAGAAGGUCCUGGCUGAGCUCCAAAGUAGCUCAGUGAGCUACUCUCUCGAGGAUGUGAGCCUCGCAAGAGACGGGGAGGAGAGCGAGAAGUUACCAGCAGCCCGCCUGCGCUUCCGAAAGUCUGUCUCGGGAAGACAUACGGACAAUGUGGUCGAAACUUUGGCAGCCUGCGGGCCAUUCCUGAGGGCGUCAGAAGACAAACCUGAGUCUGUCAACCGGGAAAAGGACAUUGUGAAUGAGGAGGGAGAGGCGCAGCAGCUGCGAGCUCUCAGCGCAAAGGAGCUGAGAACAUGGCUCUCUGUGCGUGGUGUAUCGCACACAGGCUGCUUUGAGAAAGCAGAGUUCCUUGCAAGGGCCCAGGACCACCUGAAGCAGGUGCAAGGAAGUAAUCAAGCUCCGCGACCCGUGGGAAUUCUUUCCAGGCCGCUGGAGGGCUUGGUCUUAACACCGUCGCAGGCUUCCCUGCUGUCGGAUCUGAUGGCGGAUCACGCUGCGGGGGCGGACCUUGCUUUAGUGGGUGAGAAGGGCUCCGGCAAGUCUGCAAUCGUCCGUGCAUUUGCGGCCUUGCUUGGCUACAGGACCCGCAGUCUCUUCUGUUACCGGGACAUGAGCUCUCGCGACCUCCUGCAGCGCCGCAUGACUGAUCCACUCGGCAACACGGAGUGGAGGGACUCCCCCAUCGUGGAGGCAGCCAUUUGCGGCGACCUGGCUAUCCUCGAUGGUGUCCAUCGCCUUGCCAAGGGCAGUCUCUACGCCACCUUGGCGCCCCUGCUUUUGGACCGUGCGUGCGCUCUUCCGGAUGGGACGCUUCUUUGCUCUCCACGAUUCUGGGAGAAAUGGUCAGAAGGCGGCAGCCUGGCGGCACUGGGCGCUCGCCAGGUGCACCCGGCUUUUCGGCUCAUCGUGUGCGGGGAGACUCCGGAGUCGGGGGCCCGCCCGUCUCGUGGCUGGAUAGACGAGGAGGUCGGAACUCUGUUCCAUUUUCACAGUGUGGCGGCCCUGCCCAGCCACGAGCAGCGAAGCUUGGCGGUCCUGUGUGCUGGCCCAGCAGCCGAAGCCAAGGACAAGCCAGUCGACAAGCUGCUCGCAUACGGCCAGGCUGCCAAAGCUGCAGUUUCCAAGGACGCAGACCUCAGGCCUCUUCAGCUAAGCCUUCGUGCACUGCUCCGGGCCUCCAGGCAUCUGUGCCUUCGGCAGGAAGAUGUGGCAGGCGCCAUAGGGCGUGCCUUCUCGGCGCGGUUGACGUUCCUCCCAAGCUCUCAGCGACAGCUUGGCGAGAAGCUCCUGGCAGAGGCAGGAAUCCGCUCCUCUCCGGGAGAGACGAACAUCAGGUCUUCUGAAGUUUCGGGAGAGUUGCAGCUGGGCAGCGUGCGCUGUCAACUACGCACGCCGAAUCGACCGGAACUUGUGCCACAGGUGCAUUUCGUUGAGACCCCGGCUCACAUGACCUUGCUGCAAAGCAUGUUGGUGAGUUGGAUUGCUGGACAGCAUCUCUUGCUGGUUGGCAACCAGGGCGUUGGAAAGAACAAGCUUGCAGACCAAUUGCUCGGCUUGCUUCGGUGUGAACGUGAGUAUGUCCAGCUUCACCGUGACACUACCGUGCAGAGCUUGACCCUGUCCCCAACUCUGGAGGCCGGCGUGGUCGGCUGGCAGGAUUCUGCCCUCAUUCGCGCAGCGCGAGCAGGGAGAUGUCUUGUGGUGGAUGAAGCAGAUAAAGCUCCACUGGAGGUGGUCUGCGUCCUCAAGGCUCUCGCAGAAGAUGGCGAGCUUUCACUGCCCGACGGCCGUGCUCUGGUUCGUUCGAGGAGCGACUCGAGGGGGGCAUCAGCUGGCGACUCUGAGGAGUUUCUGCCCAUUGCGGAUGGCUUCCGGAUGAUAGUUCUGGCCAACAGGCCAGGAUUUCCAUUCCUCGGCAAUGACUUCUAUCGGGUUUGUGGGGAUGUCUUUGAUUGUCAUGCCGUCGAGUACUUGGACAAGGAGAGUGAAUUGGAACUCCUUCGGCAAACUGCGCCGCUUGUGCCACAGGAGAAGCUUGCCGCUCUGUCCGACCUCUUCUUGGACCUGCGAAAGGACUCGGAUGCCGGACAGCUGUCCUACCCGUACUCCACUCGCGAUUUGCUGAAGCUUGCAGCUCACGCGCAGCAUUUUCCAGGUGAUUCCGCGGAAGAGCUGGCUGCGAACGUGUUCGGCUUUGAUGCAUACGAGAAGGAUCAGCGCGAUCGUCUGCUAAAGGCUCUACGUCGCCACGGGUUCGCCAAGGGAAAGGCCGGUGAGGCCGAACUGUUCGGAGAAAGCCGUGGAAGGAAGCAUCUUCGACUCGUCCGAAGAUAG